AUGUGGAUGAAGUGCGUGGCGGCGACGGCGCUGGCCGCGCUGCUGGCGGUGCAGGAGGCCAGCGCGGCCUUCUACGUGCCGGGCGUGGCGCCCGAGUCGUGGGCCGCGGGUGAGACCGUGCGCCUCAACGUGAACAAGAUCACGUCCACCAAGACGCUGGUGCCGUACGAGUACUACUACCUGCCGUUCUGCAAGCCCACGGCCACCAACGAGCAGCAGGAGAACCUGGGCGAAAUCAUGGCCGGCGACGCCAUCAUGGACUCGCUGUACAACAUGCAGAUGGAGAAGGACGCCAUCUGCCAGGUGCUGUGCAAGCCCAUGACGUACACGUCCGAGCAGUCGCAGUCCUUCAUCGACAUGAUCAAGGACGAGUACUACGUGCAGUGGGUGGUGGACAACCUGCCCGUGCUGUACCGCGACCCGACGGACUCGCAGCAGGCCGGAUCUUUCAAGCGCGGCUUCCCCGUGGGCGAGGUGGACGAGGACGGCAAGUACCUGCUGUACAACCACGUGCGCAUCAUCAUCUCGGUCAACGCGGACCCGUACGCCGAGGAGGACGGCGACGUGCCCAAGUGGCGCGUCGUCGGCUUCGAAGUCGUGCCCACCUCCAUCAAGCACAGGUACGAGAACGAGCCCAUGGCCGGCCAGGAGCUCGACUCGGACACAUGCGGCAAGUUCGUCAACAUUGAGGAGGUGUCGCAGGGUAACUACCAGUACCUGAACCCGGAGGGCGAGACUACCGUGCUCUACACGUACGACGUGCAGUUCGUCAAGUCGGACAUCGUCUGGGAGGAGCGUUGGGACCGUAUUAUCAGCAGCAAGAGCUCGAACGACCAGAUCCACUGGUUUUCCAUCAUCAACUCGCUCAUGAUCGUGCUGUUCCUGACGGGUAUGAUCGCUAUGAUUAUGCUGCGCACGCUGCAUCGCGAUAUCGCCCGGUACAACGAGGUGCAGACAACGGAGGAGGCGCAGGAGGAGUCUGGCUGGAAGCUUGUUCACGGUGAUGUGUUCCGCCCGCCUCAGCUCUCGCCUAUGCUGUUCUCGGUGGUUGUGGGCACCGGUGUCCAGGUGUGCUGCAUGAGCGCGUCUACGAUGGUUAUUGCGCUGCUGGGUCUGCUGUCUCCGGCCAACCGUGGUUCGCUGCUGACGACGCUGCUGCUGCUUUUCGUGUUCAUGGGAAGCUUUGCUGGCUACCACUCCUCGCGCACGUACAAGAUGUUCAACGGCAAGGACUGGAAGAAGAACACGAUUCUCACGGCCGUGCUGUACCCGGGUCUGCUGUUCGCGGUUUUCUUCCUGCUGAACCUCGUGCUGUGGGGCAAGUCGUCGUCGCAGGCUGUUCCUUUCGGCACUCUUUUUGCGCUUCUGGUGCUGUGGUUCGGUAUUUCGGUGCCACUCGUGUUCCUCGGCAGCUACUUUGGAUUCAAGGCCGCUGCAAUUGAGCAGCCUGUGCGCACGAACCAGAUUGCCCGUCAGAUCCCGGAGCAAGUGUGGUACCUUUCCUCGCCUUUCAGCAUCCUGGUGGGCGGCAUUCUGCCUUUCGGCGCCGUGUUCAUUGAGCUGUUCUUCAUUAUGUCGGCGCUGUGGUUGCACCAGAUCUACUACGUGUUCGGCUUCCUGUUCAUCGUGCUGCUGAUCUUGGUGGCUACUUGCGCCGAGGUGACUGUCGUGAUGUGCUACUUUCAGCUGUGCGCAGAGGACUACCGUUGGUGGUGGCGUUCGUUCCUCACCUCGGGCUCCGCGGCUGUGUACCUGUUCCUGUACUCGUUCCUGUACUUCUUCACGAAGCUGAACAUCACGGCGUUUGUUUCGGGCAUUCUGUACUUCGGUUACAUGUUCCUGAUCUCGGUCACGUUUUUCUUCCUGACGGGAACCAUUGGCUACUUCGCUUGCCUCUGGUUCACUCGCACGAUCUACAGCUCCAUUAAGAUCGACUAA